UUCCUCCCCUUUUUCUGUGUCAGGAAGCGGACUCGGUAAACACAGCUCCUGCUCCAAACAUGGCUGGCAUUAAAGCGUUGGUCGGAUUGUCGUUUAGCGGAGCCAUCGGCCUGACGUUCCUUAUGUUGGGAUGCUCCCUGGAGGAAUACAGAGUUUAUUGGCCGCUGUUCGUUCUGAUAUUUUACGUCAUCAGCCCCAUUCCGCACUUCAUCGCCAGACGGCUCAGCGACGACACGGACGCCGCCAGCAGCGCCUGCCGGGAACUAGCGGUUUUUUUCACCACCGGGAUCGUGGUCUCGGCGUUUGGCCUCCCGAUUGUUCUGGCCAGAGUCAUGGUGAUUAAGUGGGGCGCCUGCGGAUUGGUCCUGGCAGGGAACGCCGUUUUAUUCCUUACAAUCCUCGGCUUCUUCGUUGUGUUUGGGAGAGGAGAUGACUUCGGAUGGGAACAGUGGUAACGAGUAUCCGUUCCUCCCGCGCUGACCCCCCGGCGUACGACGUGUUCUCGCUGUACAUGCGCGCCUCGCGUGUAUAUUAUCCGCUCCCUGUUUACAGGCUUCUUCUCGUUUGUAGGGGAGCUUUGUUUCCGUUUUGUAAAAUAGAUACUUUAUAUCCGUAUAGAUUCUCUGGUAAUAAAAGAAUUUACCGU